AUACGAAUCAAUCUAUCAAGAGUAUCUUAACUGCAUUUGUGUAUCUGUAUUCUAACAAUUGGCAAAAAUGCAUAAAAUAAAAUUUAAUUCAAAUUCGGUAUAUGCGGAUCGCGAACGUGAUCGAGAUCGAGAUCCUUCGCAUUCGCAUAAUACGAGCGCUUCACAGCAUAACUCAAGUGUUGGUUCGAUUAAUUUAGAAGAUUAUAUAUCAGCAAUGGAGGCUCGUAACACGGCAAUAGAUCGUUCACACGAAACAGAUGUUUGGGCUCAGUUACAACAAAAGGAAUCAGAUAUAUUGUUAGCGGCUGAGCUUGGCAAAGCGUUGCUAGAGAAAAAUGAAGAACUAGUAAAACAACAAGAGAAACUGAUUGGAGAUUAUUCAUCUAAAAUAGAGAAAUUGGAACAAGAAAAACAUGUACUCCGCCAAAAACUAGCCAUAGCGGAAGAGGAAAGUGAUCAACGUGUCCUGGAAUUACAAUCAGAUCUCAGUGAACUAAAGGAUAAACUACAAGCGCAAGAUAAUGCAAUACGUCAAGCCGAAAAGGAAAAAACAGUUUUAAUCGAUGAAUUAACACACCAAAACACACGGCUUACCGAGCAAAUUCAAGAAGCUCAUGCCACAGAAAUGAAACUAAUGUCACAGAUACAGGAACUUAAGGAUCAGUACAGUUACAGAAACACAAGUCUACAAGAACAUGUGAAUAGCUUAGAAACUAUAAAAACCGAACUAAACCUCACAACAGAAAAACGGCAUGGCUUAGAAAGACAACUACAAUUAGCACAAGAAGAAAAAGAGUCCUUAACAUCUGCACUUGAAGAGGCUUCUGAUAGAAUACAUAUGCUGGAACGACACGCUCGUGAGCAAGAAACAAAAUUAGAGACAACUUUGCAAGCUCUGGAAAGAUCACAGCGUGAAAAUAAUGUGCUUAGUGAAAGAAUUGGAUCAGAUUCGAACUCUAGUGCACAUGGAAAAAAAUCAUUACAAUUUGAAAUGGAAUGUGAUGAAGAUGAUUCCAGUUAUUCCGAAGGAAAACCCAGUCAAAUGUGGGUGGAAGCACGUUCAGUAUAUAUACAAUUAAAAUCUUUAGUUGAUUCACUAAAAAUAAGUCAUGAUGAUGAUUCAGGCUUAAACUCAGACAUUUCAUUAGAUCUGGAAUCUAUGGAUAAUACAAUUUCAUCGUCUGGACGUACUGAAUGCAGUGAAGCUGUUGAGUUUCGGCAAGGCAUGUUGUCAGCUAUGUCGGACGAACUUACACGUUUAUUACUUAACCUUGAUGCUGGCAACUUCAAAAAAAUGUUAGACCAAACGCGAAAUCUUGUAUUGGAACAAGAAGAUGAAAUCAAACGUAGCCAUCAACUUGUUCAACAGUUAGAAGCAAAGGUGAUAAUGCGAUUUGUUUUUGCACCAUAUAUACCCAUUAAUAAUGAAUGA